AUCCGAUCACAAGCGAUCCUCUCUCCCUCUCUCUCUAAUAAUAAAAAUAAAAAAAAGCUCUCUCUUUUCCCCCAAUCCACCUAAUUUUUCGGCGACCAAAGACCCUCCCUCCUCGCCUCUUCGAUCGAAUUCGCGAAAACCCACAAAAAAGUUUCGAUUUUUAGUGCUGCCCACUUCGAUUUUCCCGUGUUUUUGCGUAAUUGUGCGUAAAGAUUCGAUUUUGGAGCGGAAAAAUCCGAUUUGAAUUUGAUUUUUGCGGUGCUUCGCGGUGUUUUCGUGGAGCGGACGAUGUCGGCGACCUAGGAUUUGGUUUGGGCUGUUUCUUCUUGGGGGAAAGACGAAAGAAACAGCCUAGGGUUAUGAUCCGAUCCGAAGCGAAUUGAUUGGAAGCAGGGAAGAAGAAAUCUAGGGUUUACUUUUUUUUGUUCAAUUUUUUUGGGGGAUUUAAGAAUAAUUGUUAAGGAAUUUGGAGGGAUUAAGAGAUGAAGAGGCUCUCGAGUUAUAUGCGGAUUAUGUCGUCGGGGGCGUCUACGGCGGCGUCGACGCUGCGCUCCGCGGGGGCUUCGCUCGUCUCCUCCAUCGCCAACCAUGAGGAAGAUGCGAGCCGUGAUCAGGUGCAUUGGGCUGGGUUUGACAAAAUAGAAUGUGAGGGCGAAGUGCUUCUCCGGGAAGUUUUGCUUCUGGCUUAUCGGUCCGGCUUCCAGGUCUGGGAUGUCGAGCAGGCUGAUGAUGUAAGACAGCUGGCAUCCCGACAUGACUGUCCCGUCUCCUUCAUGCAAGUGCAAAAGAAACCAAUCACAUCGAAGAGCUCUGAAGACCGAUUCGCUGACGUCCGGCCGUUGCUUAUUGUUGCCUGCGAGGGUUCUCCUACUGGAAGUGGAAACAGUGGUGAAAUGUUUGGCUCUCCUUCCAAUGGAACUCUCAAUGGUUGCCACAAUGUUGGAAGUGAACACUUGCCUACUUUUGUUUGCUUUUAUUCUUUAAGAGUCCACGAUUAUGUCCACAUAUUGAAGUUGAGGUCUGCUGUUUACUCAAUACGGUGCAGCUCUCGGGUUGUUGCAAUUUCCCAGGCAUCACAGAUUCAUUGCUUUGAUGCUGCGACACUGGAGAGAGAAUAUACAGUUCUCACUAAUCCUAUUGUUUCGGCGAUUCCUGGUUCCGGGAGUAUAGGCUAUGGGCCUCUAGCGGUGGGUCCAAGGUGGUUGGCCUAUAGCGGAAGUCCCGUUGCAGUUUCUAAUACAGGUCGUGUAAGCCCUCAACUGUUAAGCCCUUUUCAAGAUAUGUCCCUACCCCCUCCGAAUGGAAGUCUUGUUGCGCACUAUGCAAUGGAAUCGAGCAAAAAAAUAGCUGGUGGUAUAGUGACACUUGGUGAUAUGGGGUAUAAGAAGCUGUCCAACUAUUACCAUGACUUUCUGCCUAAUAACAAUGGCUCGGUGAAGCUCGGUAACUCUGGUGUGAGAGUUAAUGGCACUAUGAAUGGGCAUAUUCCUGAGAAUGAGAAUGUUGGAAUGGUCAUUGUUCGAGAUAUUGUUUCUAAGUUGGUCGUUGUUCAGUUUAGGGCUCAUCCAAGCCCAAUUUCUGCAUUGUGCUUUGAUCCCAGUGGGACUUUAUUAGUUACAGCUUCUAUUCAUGGUCGGAACAUCAACAUAUUCCAUAUUAUGCCUUCUACAAAUGGUAGUUCAGGAUCGGAUGCAAAUGGAAUGUAUAUUCAUCUGUACAGGUUGCAACGUGGCAUUACCAAUGCGGUCAUCAAAGAUAUCAGUUUUAGCGAUGAUAGUCAAUGGAUAAUGAUUAGUUCCUCAAGGGGGACUAGUCACUUAUUCUCGAUUUCUCCUCAUGGAGGGGGCUCUUCUGCAAACUUCCACUAUAGUGAGAACAGCUUUGUAAAUAACAAUUUUGUCGUGGACCCGACUGCUAAAACGGCCAUUCGUCGGCCCCAGACAACAUCCUCUUUUAAGCUCAGUGAUGAGAAGAGCAUUUUCUUUUCUGCCCCCCCAGUCACAUUGUCCGUAGUAAGUAGAAUUAGGAGUGGGAACAAUGGGUUGAAAGGUGCUGUUCGAGGAGCUGCGGCUUUUGCUACAGGCUUUGUCAGCCCAAUUCCUGGCGCCAUUGCUUCGGCUUUCCACAACUGCAAAGGCUUUAAUUCUUUAUCUGAUGCUAACUCAGCAUGGACAAAGUACUAUUUACUCGUAUUCUCCCCUUCUGGUUGCAUUGUACAGUAUGUGCUACAUCAAAAUACAGAGUUUAGCGACUUUUCUGGGUUAAGUGCCGUUUCUAAUGGAUCUUCAAAAGAAACCGACACUAAGUUUGUUGUGGAAGCACUUCAGAAGUGGGAUGUUUGCCACAAGAGAAGCAGAAGAGAUCGUGUCGAGAGUGUCGAUAUAUACGGUGAUCAUGGGAACGGAGAAAGCACGAAGCUCUUCCAAAAGGGUGUUAAAAAAGGGACAAGUGUCUACCCCUCCGAUAGUGCUUUUGAUGCGAAAGCCAAGCCUAGUGCUGAAGAGAAUCACCAUUCUUAUAUAUCGGAGAUUGAAUUGCAGAUGCAUGCUGUGCGGAUCCCACUGUGGUCGAGAUCUGGGAUGUGCUUUCAAGUAAUGAUGGAUGAGACUAUUGGAGGUGAUAAUUUUAGCGUAGAUUGUGGGGAAAUCGAGAUAGAAAGGAUCCCGACUCGUUCUAUUGAAGCAAGGUCAAAGGAUCUCAUACCGGUUUUCGACUAUCUUCAGGCAGCCAGAUUUCAACAAGCAAGGGCAAAUACUCUGGAUAUGUACAGAAACGGCCCAUUGAUGCGCCAAAAGUCCGGAUUGUCCGAAGACGGGAGAGUUUCAUGCAGAAGCAGUUGUAGUUCUCUCGACUGCAUGUCCGAAAGUGUCGUUGCAUCCGCUGAUCUAUCCAGCGGCACCUACCAUACAGAAGCUGAUGAAAGAAGCACUGUAAAUAACUGUACAGGUUCCCCAAACCCUACAAGCCAACUCGAGUUUGUAAAUACUAGUGAGGCCCUGAAAACUGAGGCCCGGCUCGGGUGUGUAAAUAACAUCAUAGAGAGCUUGGAAGAUGGAGACCUACUUUGUGGCUUCUGACGGCGGCUUCCAUUGAGAUCGCGGAUAAAAUUUGAGAAACUUCGUGGAUCAAUUGGUUAGAUCUUCCUCAGGUGUGUAGCAACUUAUUCUUUAAUUGUCCUUUAAGGUAUUGACCCGUAUUUUCGUACCGAUACGAGAGCGGUGCUAAAACUGUAAUCGAGAUAAAGAGAAGUGUGCGAGAGGGGGUUAAAUUGUUAAGCGGGAAGCUUUAAAUAUCGUGAAGUUGGGGAUUCCAUCUUGCAAGUAUUUGUAAAUAACAAGAUUCUUGGAUUACAUUUCGCAAUAAUCGUCUAUAAUGUGUAAAUAGUAGAAAAAAAAGGAAAAGAAAAAAAAAAGUGGAUUGAAGUUCUUAUUCCAAGUAUAUUUUCACCUUGGUAUAUAAGGAGCUGGUUUCUUUCCAAUUUAAUCUUUUGUUGCUCGAGUUGGUUGAUGUUCGAGUACAAUAUAAUUAAUUAUGUUUGGAUUAUCUUUUAGUCCUUAAUAUAUUCGUUAUCUGUGGCCGCGUUAUUCACA